AUGAUGCGGAUGCUGCAGGUCUUCUCGCUUCUUGUGGUUGCCGCGCAGGCGCAGGCUCCCACGCAGACGAUGCUGCGUCAGGCUGUGCUGCGUAAGGCGAACGAGCUCCUAAACAGCACCGUGGACGACACCCUCGGCUGUGUCAGCAGCUGCCCCAUGGACUCCUCCACUCUGAGCCCGAGCCCUCUGUGCGUCCUGGGCAACUGCACCUCCACCUUGGCAAAGUGCCUCUUCUCUUCGACGUGCCGCAGCGGAGUCAUGUGCGAGCUGCGCUGCACGGACAAAAUUGCCAAGACGGUGGAUGCUCUGCACUUCUCAUCUCUCAUGGAGUGCAUGCGGGUGCAUUGCCCGGGCUUCCCCCCAAGCAAGACCUGCGCGGCCUUUCACUGUACCAAGGAGGCUGCCGAGUGUGCCAUUCACACCAAGUGUCGCGAGACCCUCGAGUGCGCCAACGGCUGCGUGCCUUCGAAGUAUUCGGCAGCUCUGAACUUGGUCCAGGAGAAUGUCCCUGUGGAAGUCUGA